GCCAUCAGAGGAACCUCAUAUUCAGAACCAGUUUUAGGAGGUUGAGGUAUUCGGUUCUUAUUUCGGGAUGGCAGCAAGCGGAAAUGGAUUGAAAUGGGUUUUUGAACGUGGUCGGAACAUCAUGAGCUCGUGUCUCUUCACAGUUCUGUUGCUGUUGGAUAUUUACUCUAAAUGUGUGAUCGGGUAUAUGAGUUCUCAUGUAGGUGAGGAACCGGCAUACACAGCCCAGCAGAACCCUGUGAUGAGCAGUCCAGUGGCCCUGACAGCAACAUCAGCUACACCAGUGGUCACUGAUAACUACACAUCAAAGUGUCCGAGCGGUGGGCUCUGUACCAAAUUACCUGCAGAGUGCAUCAGCUGCAUGUAUCACCACAACUGCAGCUACGGCCAACCAGCAAACUUCACCUGCAGAACCAGAGCAGGCGUUCACUGUGUGAAUGCGAUGGAUCAGCCACGGCAGAAUUUCAACCUGACGGUGGACUGUCAGUUCUGUUGGCAGUUGGAUCCAUCUCAGUAUCGCUGCUCAAGCUCUACCAGCUGUAUGACAGUAUCGUGUCCUCGCAGACGCUAUAUCGCCACCUGUGAAGUACUGGAGCAUGUGCACUGUCUGGGUAAAAGAGUCUUUUUUAAGCGUCUGUUUUGUAACUGGACAGGAGGAUAUAAAUGGUCCACAGCUCUCGCUCUCAGCAUCACUCUGGGUGGGUUUGGUGCAGAUCGGUUCUAUUUGGGUCAGUGGAGAGAAGGUUUGGGGAAGCUCUUCAGCUUCGGUGGUCUGGGCAUCUGGACCCUCAUCGAUGUUCUUCUGAUCGGGGUGGGCUACGUGGGGCCCGCCGAUGGAUCUCUGUAUAUCUGAUGGUGGGGGAGCUGGUUACUCUCUCAUCCGAGAUUUCGAACCCCAUUAGCACGUGUUGCCAUCCAAACACCCACUGCAGCAGAUUCCCAUCUGCUCCGAAUGUGAGCUCAUGCCAUCAACAGCACGCCUGAGAAACACAGCGUCAUCUUCCACCUAAACCUUCUCUCUCUCUCUCACACACACACACACACACUCCUACUCUUGAGUGGAGGAAGACGAUGAUAGAAGACAGUAGCUUUCUAGAGGUUUUAUUUCCAUCAGGGUUUCGUCUGACGUAGGCGGGAGUCUAAAGAGGCAAAUUUGUACAAUAUGUAUCUUAAGAAUUGAUUUUAUAUAAGUGUUUGUGUAUAUGUAUAUAUAAUAGUGAAUAGCUGUGCAAAAUGUGUUCUCAACAAGAAUGUUUCAUGCCAUUUGUUAAUUUUGAAUUGUUUUCUGAAUAAAACUCUCAGGUUUCUUUGAGUGGAUCAUUCUCACCUACCGUAACACUAUUGCAAUCAAACAAGUCGAAACUAUUUGUUUUAUAAAAUCAUCUGGAGAAAAAGAUUGCUUUGAGGAGAAUCAUUCAGGAGAUACUAAUGAAAUAUUUGAGGAGAUCAUUGAAAUUGUUCUUUGAUAGUCUGCUCUAUUAGUCUCAUUUCACUGUGUUUAGCAUGAACAAAUAUGUUACUUGCCCUAAAUGGUUUCCAGGAACAGUUAUUUUAUUUGAAGCUCUCAGUUGCUGCCACUGUGUCUGGAACAGUCAAAAUAAAGAUGUGUUCGU